UAUUACAGUCUUUUUAGGGUUGAAGUGAACGCUAAUCACAAAUUGAAUUCAUUUUCGCCAUUCAUUUCGAUUGAACACUCAUUUGAAGCACACGUUUGGACACAAGACUUGAUUUGCGGAUCAAUUGAAUUCAUUUUACCGGUCAUUGAAUCCGCGCAUCGAUUGAGUGUUUGAAUCGCGAGAAUGGAGUCAAGCAAUGGUUCGUCGGCCGCCUCUCAGGCCAUCUCUAAUCAGGCCUUUCAGGAGGCGUUACAACGCGCCCGACAGUUGGCGGCGAAGAUCAAUAGGGAAGCCGGCGGUGGUUCCGGUGGUGGCGGAGGGGGUGGCGGUGGCGGCGGAGGACCACCUCUAGGAGGUCCGCCACCCUCUGGCGACAGAGACAGAGACCGCAUGUCUUCCAAGCGAUCCUUCGACGACGAUGAUCGACACGAACCCAAGCGUAUGGCCUCUUUCAACGAUCCAAUCGGCGCCCAAUUGGCUGCUAUGAAACACCAGACAUUCAACAAACCGAAUAAGAAUCAGCGAUAUAUGGAUGGGAUUGUGAUGAAUGGGGAGAAGACGCUGGAUAUGAUGGUUCCCGGGAAUAAAGUGGGAUAUGUUAUCGGAAAGGGCGGCGAAAUGAUACGCAACCUUCAGGAGAGGGCGGGCGUGAAGAUGACUGUCUUCCAGGAGACCAAUGAGGCGACCGAUACGGACAAACAGUUGCGAAUUGUCGGACCGCCCGAUAAAGUGGAUUACGCGCGACAACUGGUGAACGAUCUCUUGACGGAGAAGGAGAUCGAAACGGUGCGCCUCAAGAGCAGCAACUCGUUCAACAAGAAUAUGACCAAUGAGUACGGCUCGCAGCGCAUGAAUAACGUGGAAGUGCCGGUUCCGCCGCAGUAUAUCGGGCUCGUCAUCGGCAAAGGCGGCGAAACCAUUAGACGCAUACAACAGGACAGCGGCUGUAAAGUGCAGUUCGACACAACAAAAGUGGACCAAAACGGCAAUAAGUUGUGCCAAAUCGGCGGUAAUCCCGAUGCCGUCAAACGGGCCGUCGAUAUGGUUAACGAGAUUGUCGAGAAUGCAAUGCAAGGAAGAGGUCCUCCCAAACACCGCGACGGCGAAGAAGUUCGGUUCGGUAUUCCCGCUCACAGGACGGGCGCCGUUAUCGGUAGGGGUGGCGACACUAUUAAAGGCCUGAAACAGCAGUCGGGUUGCGAUAUAGAGUUGGAGAAAGUGACCCGAAAUGGCGAUCCCGACCAGAAGUACUUCUUGAUUAGGGGACCGCCCGAUAAGAUAGAGUACGCGCAGGCGUUGAUCAUGGAUAAGGUUAACGGCACCUCAAACGCCACCCCAACUCCAUCUUAUAAUGACAACCAAUCAUCCAAUCAAUGGCCCCAAUAUUGGCAACAAUCAGAGCCAUCACAACCCGAAGAGAACAAGAGUCAAGACAACUACGCGGCGUGGGCUGCAUAUUAUGCCCAAUACUACGCUCAGUCAGGACAGGGCGCUGCGGCCGCCACUCCCAACCCAUCGGCGCCAACCGGUUUUGCUCCCAACGCGAACGGCAGCGCCGAUGGUUCGUCCGGUGGGCCACCAACUGAUCCAUCGCAAGGCGGCGCCAAUCAAGAAGCUCUUUACCAACAGUGGGUUGAAUAUUAUAGGGCUUAUGGUAUGAUUAAAGAGGCGGAAAUGAUUGAGCAGAUGAUGAAAGGCGGACCAAAAGCGUCGGGAGACGACAAGUCAGGCGCCGACCACUCGGGCGUAAAGAGCGAGUCCGGCAAUCCGUCGGCAGUGGCCUAUCCGGGCUAUAACUACGCUAACUAUCCGCCAAAUCCAUCGCAACACAACUCGCAGUGAUUUUUCUGGUGAGUGUCUUAAUUAAUGUGUUAAUGAUUGAGUUUGUGGUAAAUUAUAUUCAGGUUUUAUUGAUUUUAUGUAUAUCUUAAGAGACAUUUAUUAUUUUUGAUUGAUUUGAUAUGAAAAUGAUUGCAAUGUAUGCAUAAAUAGUUGAUUAGACUCUUUCAGAUUUAUCUCAAUAAUAAAGCGUUGGGUAAGUAUAGAGGAGAAGUGGUAUAGGAGUGAGUCCUGUCAUACUUGAAAUGUUGAGAAUAUAUUGAAUUAUAUUGAUAUUUACUUUUGAAUUUUGAAUAUAUUUUAUGAAUCCUAUGAAUCAAAUCCUUAUUUUUUUUGAAUUGAUAGCAAAACCUUUGAAUUCAAUGCAAUCCUAAUUUACUAUUGUUUUAUGAAAUCUUAAACAAAAUCAUUAUUAACAUAACAUAAGGUAUAAAAUAACAUGAAAACAAUGCGAUAUUCGUUUAUCUCUCUUGCAGUGAAUUAUGUGAUGCCAUGUAUUUUGAAAUUCAUAUUACUCUCCAUUUUAUCAUAUGAUGAUAACUUUCACCACAAAAAUAGUCUCAUCUCUUGUAAGCUGACCUCACAGUCUGUGUGUCACUCACUAUAAUCAUUCAUUUGGUCCGCAUAUCGACGUCCAAGUCAUUGGUCUAUAGGAAGCAAUCGAUUUCAUCCACACUUUUUAGUUCACUGAAGAAUUGGUAGUAUUUGUCAA